GCAGUUUCAUAUCACGGCCUCAUGGACGACUGGGAGCGGCGGACAAACUCCCACGGGUACACCUAUUACUACCAUGUAUCCACUGGGGCCAUGCAGUGGACUGCGCCAACCAACGACACUGCGUUGGCCGCCGAGUGCGGCGAAACGUCCGACUGCGAUGAUGCUGUCGGGGUGUCUGUCGAAUCUUCGGACUCGAGCAAUAGCAGCAACGACGACGACGAUAAUGACGGGAUCGGGGCGAACGACGUCGCAGCUACGCUGACAGAAGUGUCGGCCGCCCCGGAAGAGCUCCAUCGGGUGGUGCUGGACACCGUCGUGUGGGUGCUACGAGAAGUAUGGCAGAGCCACGUGGAAAUUGGACAGUACGUAGCCCGGUCCACCCGCAUACUUCUUGAAGCCGUGACCCCGCCGUUGCGGCAGCUGCUGCUGGCUCAGCCUGCCAUCUCCCAGCAACCGCCACCGUCCAUCCCCAUGACAUUCAUUCCGGCCAAACAAUCGUCCAGCGUUGUGUACACAGCCAACAAUAUCUCCGACGAUGUACGCGACGAAAUUCGACCUGAAUUGCCCGUAUAAGCAAGCACGACAAGUAGAGCUCAGAAUGCUGCCCCAUGUAUUCCUAGUAGUACUAUCUACUACAGUGUACUAGUAGUAUGCAAAGAAUUUCAUUGCAAUGCGUUUCUAAUUGACACUGUUGAUAGUAAUUUCCUAUUCGUACAUAUUUGUACCCAUAUAUGUACGGGUAUA